AUGGAGAUGGAGAAGAUGCCCGUCUAUCGCAACCAGAUCCUCAGCGUGACCGGAGAAAUCCUCUGCAUCGACGGCACGAGACAGGUUCUCAAGAAGAUCUACGGCGACGGCCAGGGCACCAUGCAGUACCUCACGAGCGUGCUGAACGAGUGGGGGCAGUUCGUGACGACCGUGGUGGUGGCGUCCGAGUCAGAGGGCUGCUACGCUCGGAUGGCCAGAGGUCUGAUGGCGCGCUUCGAGCGCGCCAACGCACCAGCGCCGAAAGCUGUCAGGAACGGCGCCCCAGAGCUGUACGCCAAGUGCUCGGACCAGGAGAUGAUGGCGUUCCUCAAGCCUCACCAGAUCAGAUCCUACGUCCGACGCAUCACACGUGGAGUUGAGGAAACGGCAUCUGCGGUCGAUGCCGUCAUCGCUGAUUUCAAGGGACCUGCGGGCCUCGAUAUCGACGGCAUCCACCUCUUCAAGUCCACGGAGGCGGUGGAUUCUCACUGGCUGACGGCCAGCAGGCAUUUUGGAUGCAUGCAGGAUCCUCCUGGAGUUCCGCUGUAUGUUGCCGUGAAGACGGUCGUGCUGAACGGCGUGCAGCUGAACAAAUACAGGUGCCGGCGAGGGAGCAACUCGUUGGAGGGAUUGCAUGCACAUCUGAACAACGCCAUUCCUUCCAAAAGAUGCGGGAUCAUGCCAUUCCAUGUGUACUUGCUCGCGUUCGCCGUGCAGUGGAACACCAGGAUGGAGUCGCUCAGGGUGGCUGGGGGUCAGGGUCGGCAGACGACCUGCACUGACCCCCGGCAGAUCCAACGGAUGAACCGGCAGGCCGAGAUACUCUUUGGCAAGGAGCACGUCCCGGAGCCCAACUUUUCCGCUCCCAUGCCCUACCCUGACGAGUACGGGGCCGCGGAUGAGGAAGAGCUUCUUGGCGUGGAGUACGCUGUCUGCCAGUCCACCGCAUUCUCUGCCAAGCCGUACUACGCCCAGAAAGCUGAAGAAGAGCAGUCCCGCGAUGAGGAGGAAGACGACGCGCAGUCAGAAGAAGAGGAGUCGCCCGACGAGGGUGUUGACCUCGAGGAGGACGAUCCCCUCGACGGAGUCUGUCAGACCCACGGAACCCUCUUGAAGGCCGAGCAGGUGGAGGAGGAGGAAGAGUACAGACCCGCUCUUCAGGAUGUCCUCAUGAGAGGCCGCCAUCUGCAUCUGCCAGGGAUCGAGGAGGUGGAGGCCCUCGCCGUGCUGCUCGUCCAACUGGCGGACGGCGGCGACUGUCACCUGGUGCCCGUGGAUCUCAGGCAGAGAAUUGUGGCGGCGGCCGGCCGUCUGCACGACCACGACCGGAGCAGCGCCAACUUUGUCAAGCGCUACGAGUCGAAGUGGGGCUACACGCUGUUCGGCCGCUGCCUCGGGGCCGACACGCCCGAGAGCAGCGCGGCGCAGAAGACCAAGUUCGGUUGGAUGCGGUUCCCGCAGGCGGCGCAGGUGACGGAAGACGGUCGUCUCCUCUACUUGCUGGUGAAGAUGCUGCGGAAUCGUCCCGCCACAAGCAAGAUGACUUCACCCACCAAGGUCACUGCCUCCAUAAGGGGGCAGUACCAACGCAUUGCAGACCGGGUGAGGGAUGACCCGAUUUUGGGCGGACUCCAAAUUCCUCUUCCUCACGUCAAUGCAAAGUCCAUUUCGACUUUCCUGCGAAAAGAGGAAAAACGGGCAAACCUCAUGGCCACGGUGAGGCCCGUUUCAAAGACCCACCGCACGGUGGUGUCUGAAGAACCUCUGCCGGACGCUCCUGCCCUUGAGACGUCGCUGCCACCGCCUGACAGGCCGCAGGUCCAGUACCAGGACACCCACCAUGUCACUGGAAGAAGAAGUGGUGAGAAAAAGAGAUUAAGCUUGGACGAGCCCGCGCCUGAACUGGAGUCGAAGCGACGAGCCGCCCCGGAGACAGACGUGCCCACCGAAGCGGCGGGCAGACCGGCCGCGGCCACCCACUUGCCGCAGGCGGUGUCCGCAGCGCCGGUUCUCCUUGUGGUUCCAGCCCAACCGCUGGCGCCGUCGAUCGCCUUUCCGGGACCUUCGUCCAGUAAGGCCUAUGUGCCUAUACUGCCGGCCCCCGCGCCAAGAGCCAGAGCGGUCCUUCCCCACAAAUCACAGAAGCCCUGUGCAGCUUGCCUGGUACCUCAGUGUGGUGGCCAGCGCAAGAGGUACACGCCUUCGAAGGACAAAGCGGCGGGAAGCAGCCAAAAAAUAUUUACUUUCUGUCCCGCCACCAGAAAAUCCACCACACCCGGCUUUCAAGACGUGGUUUACGAAAGUUAUGAACACUUUAAAAGUGUGGUGGACCAAAAACUGCAGGAUGCCAUGCAGUGA